AUGCGCCUUCGAGAGAAGAUGGGAGCAGAGGAACCCCUCCCGGGAGGCCUCACCAACGGCAACGAUGGCGGCGGAGGCGGCGGCGGCGGCGGCAAGCCAAGACUGGUGAAGGACAGCAGGAGGAGCCGCGGCGGCAACAACAUCGGCGACUACACCCGGACCCUGUGGAACUCUCUCGGCGCCGGCGACAACGCCGCCGCUGCUGCUUCUGCUGCCACCGACCAGCACAGCGGUGGUGGUGUUGGACGAGGCGGGACGGGGGACGGCGGCGAAGCGCGUUCGAGCAGCGGUGGUGGCGGUGAUGGUAGGCGGUACCUGGUGGAGAGUGCCAACAUCAAUCGGACGAGGCUGUUGGCGUUCGCCGAGACCCUUGCGGCCGGAGAGAGCGCGCUCUCCCCCGGGGUGUUCGAAGUCGGAGGAGGACAGCGUGCGGAGGUGAAGAUCUACUUCGCUCUAAUGCACCUCCACCCUUUAGACGUCCGCAUCACGUACCGCGGGACCCCCGGCUCGGACGUCCAGGACGCUGAGGAGCUCACUCUCUCCACCAUGGCCCAGCUGAACGACGCGAGGCUGUGCCUGAACGCGUUACAGCUCGAGCACGCUUUCGGCGGCCGGGCGGUGUUUGCCGAGGUCAUGCUGAAGCACUACAAGUUCGCGUUCCUCUCGCAGGUGCACAAGGUGGUCGGGAGCUUCGACUUCCUGGGAGACCCUGUCGGGCUGCUCUCUAACCUGUCCACAGGCGUCAAGGACUUUUUCUACGAGCCUAUCGAGGGCCUCAAGCCGGACGGCAAGGGAUUUUUGUACGGCCUGGGGAAGGGGGGCACCUCCCUGGUCUCGAACACCAUGCAGGGUACCUUCAACACGUUCAACAAGGUCACGGGGUCCCUCGGGGACACGAUAUCCCAGCUCUCGCUCGACACGGACUACCGGAAGAGGAGAGUGCGCGAGAGGCUCGUCGAGGGCGAGACGAUGGCAGACAGCAUGGCGCAAGGUGCGAAGGAGUUCGGCAGAGGCAUUUUCCAGGGCGUCACAGGUGUCGUCAUGGAGCCGUACCUCGGUGCGGAGAAGGAAGGGGUUCUCGGCUUCGGGAAGGGGAUGGUCAAGGGGGUUGUCGGAGUCGCGAUCAAGCCCGUGGUGGGAGUGUUCGACCUGGGCACGCGAGCCUUCGAGGGCAUCCGAAACGCCUCGAGGAUGGACGAGGACUCGGACGACGACGGCACGAGCACCCACCGACCAGGCGGGGAGGUCGGCGGGCCUGGGGCGGCGGGCGGGCUUCUGUCCCUUCGAGCAAGACCGCCGAGGAUGUUCGGGCCGCUCGGGGAGAUGGACCCCUUCACGUGGGAGGCGGCGGUGGCGCAGGCGGUGCUGCGGGCGGGGAUGAGGGACGAAGAGGACUUCCCCAGCGAGAGAAUCCGGUGGUUCCGAAGGCUGACGCUCCGCGCUCGGCACUUACGUGGACUCGUCAUCCGGUCCUCGUCUUCCUCAACCACCACCACCGCCAAGAGUAAAGGCGGUGCGAAGGGAGAAAACGCGGAGUCUACCGCAGCGGCGGCAGAGGGGGGUCGUGCUGGCGGCGGCGUUGCUGCAUCAAGCAAGUCAGGGGACGGUUCGAGUUCGUCCCCGGAUGAGGCGUUUGUGACACGGUGGGUCAUCGUUACGGACAAGCGAAUGCUCCACGCGCAGGAGGAGCCCGGCUGGGGGGCGGACAAGGAGAAGGUUAAGACCCUUGACCUUGCCAGGUUCGGGGUUGCGUUUUCGCCCUGGUCGCCGGCCCUCGGGGGCGUGCGGGUGCUGUGGGACGCUCCGCUGUCCAGCAUCCGGUCCUUGACCCUUGAGCCCGCCCACGAGGGGGUGAAGGUGGAGCUGUCGGCUCCAGUGGAGUACUCUACAGACCACCAGGGUUCGAUGGGGCCGGAGUUCGCCCAGAUCCACCUGGUCAGGCCGCACAAGUACUCCAUCUGUCUUCAGGGCCACCUGAUUAGGAUGCACAGCUCGGGGCUCUUGACGACGCUCGAGCGACACUGGUACGCGGUCGCGAACGGCAUCCUGUACGAAUAUACUCCCAGAAAGGACGCACUGCCUGACGGGUCAAACACGCCUCCGCCGCCGGCGGGCUCGAAGAAGUCUGUGAAGGGCGGCGGCGCAACCGCGAGACGGCCCGGCUACCCGUACACGUUGACGACGGUGCUGCCGCUAUCGGGGGUCUCCAUCAAGACGGGGAGGAUAGAGGGGAACGAGCACAGCCUUAAAGAUCUUCAGGGCGCCAAACCCUGGUGGGCGGAGCCGCGACCCCAGCGGUCUGCCCGUGGUGACUGCGAGCGCCAGGCUUGCCUCCGUGCUGGAGGAGAAAACCGUCGAUGAGGUGGUGCUGCAGGCAGACAGCCACGCCUCGCUGCGGGAGUGGGUGAACUGGCUCACGUCUCAGAGCAGCUCACCCAGCGGAGGAGGCCCUGGAGGGCGGGAGGAGCUCCUAGGGAGGCACCCCUACAAGAGCGUUUUUGUCGGGUGCGAGAGCCUGGAGGCUGCCGAGGCGGAGGCCCUGUGUGACGGCCUGAGGGGGGCCGUGUUUACCCGGCUGGUAGAAGAACCGUAGUUAAAAAGUGUGAGAAAUGGAGGGUCUUUGUUCCUUGUUGCUGCCUUAGUUGUGACACAGGCGUCCCUUUCGAGCUGAACCAUCAACGUGGCACAACCAACACAAUUUCUGCUUAUAUUUUUAACUCAAGCAAACCGACGCUCCAUAGAAGGGGGGAGGCGGGGCUGGCUCGGCGGAGGCAUAAGUUAGCUUGUUUAUUGUGUGUGUUGUGUUCAUUCAGCAAUGUACCAAAUGUUAGCUUCUAGAGAGGCAACGUUUUAGAUCUCUGUAUGCUUAUUUGUUUGUCUCGAUUCGUGCGGAUAGAUUAGUAGCGGAGACGUGACUCUGUACCAUACGUUUUAAGUACAACACGUACUGUUGGUAUAUUCAAACUCGUCUUGUGUAGGUACUACGGGGAAUUUUUGGUUGUUUUUAUGCGCGUCCGCGCCCUUGACAAUGGACAUUUUUAUGGACAAAGGGGCUGGCGCCUUCAAGGCGUGGUUGUAAAUGCGGAAGGAGAAAUGAGAGAGGCACGGAGGCAGGCAGUUCUUCUGUUACGCGACAACACCGUGGGGUACAAAGCGCGUGACAUAAGACUAAAGUAUAUUGGGCAUAUGCUGCUGUAACUGCGAACACACAAGCCAAAGAGGUGCAUGGAAAGGGCAGACGUCGCUUGCGGCGAAGCGGGGGGUCAAGUUGCCGCCAGUAGCACACAUUGAGGGCGAAGAGCAUAUAUAUGCUGCUGCCACUCGUGAGUGAUCGAGGGGCCACUCGACUGUUCGACGCUCUUGGCCUCGUGACCGGUGCUCUUUUUUCUUCUUUGUGUGCUAUUUCAGGCCUCAGGCUUGGCCCUCGGCGCUUAGUAAAGAGUUUAGUACCCUCUGCAACGAUUUGCUGGCGGGCAUUGCUGGAGGGCAAUACUUUUUGUGCUUUGCAGGAAGGAACGAUUAACACUC